CAGCGAUUGACUGCCUACAAGUAUCCUCGGGGGCUUCCUUUUCCUCAUCUCUUCACUCCAUGACGUUCUGACUCUAUGAUCCUCACUCGCUAUCCAAGUCUUCUAUUUAUAACCAUCUCGUCCAAAGAUUCAAAUGGCUAAUUCUAUCGAAAUCUUUGGUGCGGUGAACAACGUUUUGGGGUUGGGGAGUCGAAUCUAUAAUUUUUUCAGCGAUGUCAAGGACGCACCAGAAGAGGUGCGUCAGAUGUGUGCGCAAUUGCAAUCUCUUCAGAAGUUGCUCCCAGAGAUCGAGCGAGCAGCCUUUGACCUCGUUCAUGCCAUGCCACUGAGCCUGGAAACAAUCCUGACAUGCCUGAAAGGAUGUGAGACAGAUUUCAACACGUUAUGCUUGGCUGUCGAGCCGCUCCGUACGAAACGUGGUAUCAUUUGGCGCGAUGCCUUGAACAAAAUUGCAGCUAGCGUCAAAUGGGUCGUCAAGACCGAAGAGCUCGAAAAGUUUACAAAGAAUCUCGAGACGGCGAAGCAGACUUUGGUUCUCGCCAUGUUUCUUGCUGGAAUGAGAAUUGAUAGGGUCGUUCUUAAUGAAAUUUCAUCCGUCGACACUAAGCUUGACAAAUACGAGCGUGCGAUUAAUUCUCAUCUUGAUGACGUUCAUAAACGGAUCGUAUUUCAGCUGAAACAGUCCGAAUAUAGGUUCCUGAAAAGAAUAGACAUUCUUUCUAGAGCUGCAGCCGAGAUUCAUGGGCAAAAUAACUUCCGAGUCACAGAACUUUACAACAGCAUUACCCCAACUGAACCACUACGAACUGACAACGAACUGAUUGUACAGUCGGUUGACAGCAACGUGGAUUUUGUACUUUCUAGUUCUGGAACACCAGAAAUCGGCCUAGUUGAUUUCCCGUUGGAAAAUCAGCAAGCCAACAUCGCAGAUCAAGCUAAACAGAAGGACAUGGAAGACUUAGACCCUCUGUUAACGGAGUUGCAAGAUGUCAUGCGACGAUGGGAAGCGGCUGCAAAUGAUUUUGAGAAUAUAAGACCUCCUGCUCCUGGGUUGCGGGAACACAAAGAGGCUAAAGAACUGCAGGCUAAAUGGCACAACCGAUUUGGGGGGACAUUUGAAAAAAAUGAAGAUAAAUUGACCCAAAAGGUUUUGCUACUGGAUACCACGACGGCCGUUACACCGGUAAAUGCCGGAGUGAAAAUUAUACUUGGGGCCGUAGGACGAUGGGCGGAAAGGUACAAAAUAAUCGGGGAAGUACUGUACGAGAUGCAAGAUGCUCUUGAGACAUGUACCCGAGAGUACGAGCUCUACCCAGAACCCAAGCUCAAGUUCAUAAUAGUGGAGCUCUAUACUGAAAGCUUUUUGGGGAUGAUAGCGAUGCUCAAUGCUCUGCGGCCCAGGUUGAGAGUGUCAGAUUAUGGGCUAUCAAAACUAACUGAUUUGGAAGACAGCAUCGCGAGGAUCCGGCGAUCUUCCCAGAAAGUUAUGAAAGAGGUGGAUUAUCUUCAUCGGAGAGAGCUGCGACAGGCCCAUCUCCGACUUCGUGAAAUCGACAAGAAGCAAGACCAAGUUAUUCGAGCAUUGGAGGAGCAGAAAAAGAUCUUGAUCUCUAUGCAGGAAGAGCAAAAGGCUUUGAAUCUCAUCAAUGAUCAUCAGAAGGUUGUGCAGAUGUUGCAGCAGCUGUUGGUCAAAUUUCCUCCGCCAGCUGCAGUUGGAGUUUCUAUGAGCGAAUAGAAAGCUAGAGAUCAAUUGCGAGUUGAAUGUUUGUACUCGGUGUAUACAUAAUCUGCCAAGCUGCCCCGAGAUUUGGAAGUAAAUUCACACAGUCAAAAGAUCGGGGUUUCUGAUUUAGAC